AUGAGUAAGCAAACAUGGGAAUUUUGUAGAGAAAUAGGGAUUCAAAUGAGGUUCGCCUCGGUAGAACACCCGCAAACGAAUGGCCAGGCAGAAUCUGCUAACAAGGUCAUCCUACAAGGGUUGAAGGGGCGAUUGAGCGAGGCUGGAGGUGCGUGGUUGGACGAGCUUCCAGUGGUUCUAUGGUCCUACAAUACGACUGAGCAAUCAAGUACUAGGGAAACGUCGUUUAGAAUGACUUAUGGGGCGGACACAAUGCUACCAGUCGAGAUCGACAAUUCCUCCUGGCGAACUGAGCCACACUUAGAAAGUGAGAACCAGGCGAAUAUGGCGAUGGAGCUCGAUCUGCUGUCUGAAACUCGUGAAGAAGCCCAUGUGCGAGAAGCGGCGAUGAAGCAGCGGGCGACGACCAAGUACGAUUCGAAGGUUCACCCGAGAGCAAUGCAGGUAGGCGACUUGGUUCUUAAAUGGAAAAUAGGUAUUGGAGGAAACAAGCUGAGCCCAAAUUGGGAAGGACCCUACAGGAUUGUAGAGGUGCUUGGAAAGGGAGCUUAA